AUGUCAGCGGUAGGCACGGAUUCAGCAAUAUCAAAUCAUCAUGAAGGAAAUGAUAACAGUGGAAUACUUGGUAGAACUAUAAACAAAUCAAAAGUUUAUCCUUUAGAAGAAUCGGCUCAUUCAGAUAUUUGCAACGAUUAUGCCAAUGAAAAAGUUUCAGCAGUGGAAAUUGAAGAAGCAAGAAAAGAUGAUCAGACGGUUUCAAAACAGCAAAAUUCUCUUCCCAGGCGGAAUUUAACAAAAGCCAUUAUUUUUACCGCUUCAAUCAUAGCUAUAGCAUUAACUUCUAUUGCAGUUGUUAAAUUUCUUGUCCCAAUUCACUCACCUCCCGAACUUGUUUACAUUAAUAUGAUAUGGCGACAUGGUGAUCGAGCACCUAUUCAUUAUUUUCCAAAGUUUACUGAUAAAUAUAUGAUUGCUUUUCCAAAUGGUAUUGAAAAUUUAACAAAAAAUGGUGCAAAACAAAGUGAAGAAUUGGGUAUGAUAUUACGACGUCGUUACAUUCAUCCCAAAAACAUUACACCGGAACAGAUUUAUAUUCGUAGUACAAAUGUUAAUCGUACGAUCGAAACAGCGCAAAAUGUUCUCAAAGGAAUGUCUUAUCCUAAUAUCAAAAUUAACACUGAUUUAGCGACCAGUGUUGAUUCGGCUGGUAAUCCACUUUUUGAUUGUCCUGUUGCAAGGCAAUAUGUUAAGGAUCAACGUAUACAUUAUAUGCAGCGAGAAAAUUUCAGUGAAAUAUACGAAUUAAUGGAACGAGAGCUGAACUAUAGCAAGGAUCCAUAUCUUUUAUUCGAUACCCUCAAUUGCCUGAGAGAACAUGAUUUGGUGUUGCCGGAAUGGAUGAAAGGUGAAGAGUUGUAUGAAAAAUUGAAAUAUUUGAGUUGGAGUGGUCUUCAAGCACAUCUUGGUAUGGAACCAUAUAGUAAUGAAUUACAGAGAAAAAUGCGAGGUGGAAGUACUCUUCGUGGUGUUGUUAGCCGAAUAGCUUGUAAAGUAAAUUAUUCAGAAUGGAAAGCGGUAGAUUCAUGUAAUGAAAGAUUUUAUGGACUUUCAGCUCAUGAUAUGACAAUUGCCUCAAUAUUGUCAACAUUUAGCGAUAUCGAUUCGAUUUUGGGCAAAUCACCAUUAAUUGGUUUCGGUGCUUAUAUUGCAUUCGAAAUUUGGAAGAAUGAUAAUUUAUAUGAAAUGAAAGUGUUGUAUGCAAAUCAAUGGGAUGAAAAUCCACGUGAUAUAACGAAAUUUGCUCCUGGAUGUGGAAAUUCAGCGAAAUUUUGCAAUGUUAAUAAAUUCAUUAAGCAAUCAAGGCCAUUGUUUUUCGAUGAUAUUCAAAAGGAAUGCUUCAAGGAUAUCGAUAUUUUAGCUUCAUCAGUUGUUAAAAGAUCAGUGGGAAGAAAUGAUAAUGAUGAUGAUGAUGAUGAUAUAGUUGGUCGAAUUGAAAUGUAUUGA